AUUCAAACGAAACCUUAAAGAAUUAUCUACUACAUGGAAAAAACAAAAUUAAAUUUCAUCAAGUAUAACUCAAGUUAUGACAAUUUUAAUCGAGCCUAAAAGCACACCAAAAGCACCUAUCCCACAUUCAUUAACCUCCACAUCCUCGCACCCACACUUCUCAUCUCUACACCGUCGAUAUCGUUAAAUCCAACGGCUAACAUUCAAACCUGAGCAGCAACACCGAUCCGAGUACUCAUCGUAUUAACCAAUCAGAGCAGAGAUAGAAACCACACAUCUGACUAUAUAAACGUUUCCGAAGUUCUCGUCGUCUUCAUCAGAAUCCAAUCCAAUCCCAUAAACUUCUUCAAACAGAGAGAGAAAUAAAAAAGAUGUCGGCAGAGGAAGAAACCGUUCCAAUCAACGUCGAAGAGACGGUGACGGCGCCGGCGAGUGAGAAGAAACCGGCGGCGAAGGGAGGUAAAGCAAAGAAGACGAAGGAAGUAAAAGCAGCAGCAGCUCCGAAGAAGAAGCCUGCAGCUAAGUCUCCGAGGAAGAGAACUUCUUCAUCUCACCCUACCUACGAAGAGAUGAUUAAAGACGCGAUCACGACGUUGAAGGAGAGAACCGGAUCUAGCCAAUACGCGAUUCAGAAGUUCAUCGAGGAGAAGCAGAAGUCGCUUCCUCCCACCUUCAGGAAGCUUCUCCUCGUCAAUCUCAAGAGACUCGUCGCUUUAGGGAAGCUCGUCAAAGUCAAAGGCUCCUUCAAGCUCCCCUCCGCUAAAUCAACCGCCGUUACUGCUCCUAAACCGGCUCCGGUUAAGAAGAAGGCAACCGUAUCUACUAAACCGAAGGCUAAGGUUGCUAAACCAGCAGCUAAAGGAACCAAGAAGACCAAAGCUGUAGUAGCAGCUGUGAAGCCAAAGGCUAAAGUCGCUGCUAAGGCUAAACCAAAGACGAAGACAAAGACUGUGGCGGCUGUGUCCAAGACCAAAGCUGUUGCUGCUAAGCCUAAGGCUAAAGAGAGACCUGCCAAAGCGGCGAGGACUUCGAGUAGAACGUCUCCAGGGAAGAAGGCUGCUGCUCCUGCUAAGAAAGCAGCAGCGGCUGUGACUAAGAAGGCCACGGCCAAGGCGACGGCUCCGGCUGCUAAGAGUCUGAAGGCGAAGUCUCCGGCGAAGAGGGCUUCGACGAGGAAGGUGAGGAAGUGAAGAAGAUGGGGUUUAGGGUAGUGAAAGGGGGAGAUUGAAUACAUGGUUGUGAUGAUGGUUAGCUUCUCUAGGGUAGCCUUGUAUAAUUUGAAUCAUCCUUGAAGAAGCUUUUUUUACCUUUUAGUUGUUUCUGGUUUCUUCUUGAGACCUUUAGUUUCUUUUUGUAAUUUUUGGGUUGUUUUGGAAUUAAAGCUUCUUACAUGGUUAAAUGUUAA